AAUCUGGUCACACCACCACUGUCUAUCGAAACCACACAUUCAUAAUAAACAAAAAUUUAAUAAUAAUUUUGGCGCAAAAAUGAGAUGCGUGGUGUUAAAUUGCAUAAAUGCGACAGCGGCCUCUGAUAAAUUGCAAGAUAUAUGUUUCUUCAAGUUUCCGAAGAAAGCCGAUUUGGCCAAACGUUGGCUAUCAUUUUGCGGCAAUAAGGAUGCCCUCAAAGUGAAGAAUGCCAGUAUUUGCAUUAAUCAUUUCAAAGAAGAGGAUAUCGUGGGGGCUGAGAGGUUCAAAUUAGGAUUGGCCAAGCAUAUUUCAUUGGGCCUAAACGCUGUGCCAUGCAUAAAUCUGGUAAGAACGGAAUGCAUGUCGGAUAUGUUCCAAAAGGAACAAAAAAAAAUCCGAAAUAAGCAGAAACUUUUGGACGAGCUUUUGGCGGAUGUCGUGGAAUCGGAAGAGACCUACGUCAGUCCGCCGCCGCCCACAGAGGAAUUUCAGACAAUACCACAUGAAGAUUGUCCCGAAGGUAAUGUUGAUGAAUCUAAUGAGGCCGAUGAAAACCACGAGAGUCUGACGCAAUUUAAUAAGUGUCGUACUUGCUAUCGGGACUAUGAGUUUGAUUUGAAUGACGAAGAUCCCUUCGACAACGCCAACAGCGUUUUGCUGUGUCGCAUCGAAGUCAUUUGCGGUGUCUGGCUCAGCAAUAUUGAAGGCGGACCACGAUACAUGUGCCCGGAUUGUCAGUUGUCCCUAAAGAAUGCAAUCGAGUUCCGUGAAAAGGUCAUAAGUACGGAGGUGAUGCUAACUCAGGGCAAGCCCGUGUGUAAUAAGUCAGCAGUCGAAAUAGAGUUGGCAUCAACAGAGACGGAUCAGAGAACAUCGGUACCCGAUUGGAAAUCAGAAUUGGCACCGUUUAAUAUGGAAGAAGAGUACGACGAAGAAUAUACACAGUAUGAAGACAUUUACGAUGAACCAUCUACCACUACGCGCAGCCCUUACUCUAAUAGGAUGGAUAUAGAAAUAUUGGACACCUCUGAUGAAGAUUUCAACAUUGCUAGAGCAGAUGAUCCACUCAGCGUUGCUCGUGGCACCAAAAUCCUUAACGAACUGAUAAGCGAAUUCACAGGUCAGGAUAAAGUCAAGCCCGAAAGGAGCAAGAAUGAAAUAAAAGCAGAAAAUCCAACAAAGGAACGGACCAAGCCAAGGAAAAUGAAAAUUCAAGCAAGACUCCAAGACGAUGACGACGAUGAUUCUCAGCUUAUAAUCUUUGGCUCCUUUGAGAAGAAAAAGAAGUUGAGCCCAAUUAAAUCCUCAAAACGUAGCUCAUUUAAGAGGAGCUUCAAUGCUAGCUGAGUAGAGAACGCCAAGAACUAAAACAUUAUUUAAUAAGCAUAUUCGUAUUCCUCAUAUUAUUAUUAUCAUACAUAUGACGCUCACAUAUUCCUCAUAUUCUUUUGUACAAUGCAGCUUCUUAUGUUAUUUUAUUAUUAAUUAUAUUUUUAUAUCAAUUUUGAAUUGGUAAGCCAGAAAUUUAUUGAUUAAACG